UUGGGCCAGCCAGCGCCCAUUCCUAAUGAGUUUUCUCAUUUGUUUGUCUUCACUCCACCUUCAGUUCACGUGACAACUUCUUCUCCUACCCAGACUCCCAACUCUAAGUCUCUAAGAACCUAGGCAGAUAGAACCCUCAAAAGCACUCAACAAAAUCAGAUUCAGAUCGACCCUUUGAUGACCUCUAUCACUUGCAAAGUCUUCUAUCUUCCUUCAUGCCUCCACCACCAUCAAUCUCCACUCUCUUAGCCACCUUUUUCUUCAUCUUUCUCCACCAGCUGCUCACUAUAGCUACUUUAACUAAUCAAUCAUGUUCCUCCCAUCCAGAAACCUUCUCUAGAUCUCCAUGCCCACCCUUCACUUCAACACCUCCUUUUCCUUUCUCUCUAUCUGUAGGGUGCGGCCACCCCUCUUUCCACAUCAAAUGCUCCACUCCUUACUCUACCAUCUCCAUCAACAACCUCUCUUUUUCUUUACUCAAGUACGAACCCAACUCCACUUCCCUCACUCUCUCUCUCCUACCCCUAGCAAAACCCCGUUCCAAUUGUUCUUCUUUUCAUUUCCUUUCCAUUUCCAAUCACUUCAUCGAUCUCUCAGGUACCCCAUUUCGAAUCUCAGAUGGUUCUUGCUCUAGACUAUCCGUCCUCCAUUCUUGUUCCCCUCCAAAUCUCCCCAAAUGUAGCCAAUGCCCUUGGGAAUGUAGGCUCAUCAAAAACCCAGUCAAACUCCUCCAUGGCUGCGGAUCCACCCGCUUUCUUCCAGAACAAGGCUGCCAAGCUGACGUCUUGGGUUACCUCGAAAAUUUCUUCUUCAAAAUGGGUUUUCAAGUGGAAUGGGACGAAGCUCAAGACUCCUACUUCUCAAGCUGCAAAGACUGUAAAUCGAAGAACGGUUUUUGCGGCUUCAACUCCUCAGACCCCAAUAAACAAUUCCUUUGUUUCCAAUCCAAAACCACCAUUUCCCCACCUUGGAUUAAGGUAGAUCACCCUCACAGAAUCGCAAUCUUAUCCUCUGUCUUCACAUUAACAUGCAUUUUCCUUGUUAUGUCAGUAACCAUUGCUAUUUUUCGAUCCAAAAAACUCAAAUCCCAAUCCAUAGAAGAAGACCCAACAACUUUAUUCCUCCACCGUCACCGUUCCGCUAGUCUCCUCCCUCCCGUUUUCACCUACGAAGAGCUAGAAUCUUCCACCAACAAUUUCGACCCAAAACGCAAAAUCGGCGAUGGCGGCUUCGGGUCCGUUUAUUUAGGCCAUCUUCACGACAAUCGAAUCGUAGCCGUUAAAUACCUCCACAAAAACAACCAGUCGGGCAAAGCUUUAUCAACCAAAUUUUUCUGUAACGAAAUCUUAAUCCUUUCUUCAAUUAACCACCCAAAUCUCGUUAAACUUCACGGGUAUUGCAGCGACCCCAGAGGGUUACUUUUGGUUUACGAUUAUGUCCCCAAUGGAACCCUCGCUCACCACCUUCACGGUCGUCCGAAAACCUCGCUUUCGUGGCAAGUGAGGGUCGAUAUCGCUUUGCAAACGGCUUUAGCUAUCGAGUAUUUGCAUUUCUCCGUUGUGCCGCCGAUUGUUCAUCGAGAUAUAACGUCAUCAAAUAUUUUCGUUGAAAAAGAUAUGAGGAUUAAAGUAGGGGAUUUUGGGCUUUCCAGGCUUUUGGCUUUCCCUGAAAACUCGUCCUUAAAGUCGGAUUUCGUUUGGACUGGGCCUCAGGGAACGCCCGGGUAUUUGGAUCCGGAUUAUCACCGGUCAUUCCGGUUAACGGAAAAAAGCGACGUUUACAGCUUCGGCGUCGUUUUAUUGGAGUUGAUUUCCGGGUUAAAAGCGGUGGAUCAAAGGAGGGAAAAAAGGGAAAUGACAUUGGCUGAUUUGGUUGUUUCGAAGAUCCAGAUGGGAUUGUUGCAUCAGGUGGUGGACCCUGAUUUGGUCCUUGCUGGGGAAGCCAUGGACGGUGUUGAAGCGGUGGCGGAACUGGCGUUCCGGUGCGUCGCGUCUGAUAAGGAUGAUAGACCGGAUGCCAGGGAGAUCGUGGGGGAACUCAAACGGAUCAAUAGCCGUACACGUGUGCUUAGAGUGUCUUGUUCGAAUGGAAGUAAAGCCGACGUGGCAAAGGGUUGAUUUCGAUUUUACGUGACGUUGGGUCUUGUGGGGAUUUUGACCUGACAUGUAUCAGAAUGUUUAUUUAGUUUUUACUGUGGUUGUUUUGCAUCAUUUAGUUUGGGUAAAUUUUGGGAACGUACGUUGUACAGUGGAGUAAUCAGAAAAAAAAUGAAUUUUAGACCCACGAGUUUGCAAUUAAUGUUCCAAUAUGUAUGCUACAAGUUGUGGUGAUAGUAUAUGGGUUUUGUCGGUUUGAAUAUUGUUGAAUAGAUGUUUGAUUUUUUUGGUAGGGUAAUGCUUUUUUUCCCCC